AUGAGCCGGGAUUCCUUUGCCUUUUUAUGUAACGAAGUCAUGUCCAUUGCAAAAACUGAUACAACGUAUAGGAAAUGCAUCCCUUUAGACAAACGUGUCGCGAUUGCUUUAUAUGCGCUUGCUUCUUCAGCUGAACACAGGACAAUCGGCAGACUGCUCGGAGUAUCAAAAGGAAGCGUAUGGGUUUGGGAUAAGCUCGCUCCUAAGUAUUUACCCAGCAGAUUUCCUACCCAAGAGAAAGUUGAAGAGUGUGUUGAGGGAUUUGAGAAAAUUGGAUUUCCACAAUGUUUGGCUGCUGUCGAUGGAUGCCAUAUUGAAAUAAGACUUUCCAGCGAUGCUGUAGACUAUUAUAACUAUAAGAGUUGGUACUCAAUGGUUUUAUUUGCCCUCGUUGACUACAGGUGA